UCGAAUCGAGUUAACACACAGUUUCGGUCCAAAAUUAAACAAAAAAAUUAUAAAUAGUAACUGAUAAACGACAAAACAUCUUAUCUCGACUUCUUUUGUUUGAUUUCUGUAAAUAAAAAGAGACACACACGCAAAUACCAAGCCGUAAAUAACUUACUUUCCAAAUCCAUCAAAUUUGUGAGUGCAGUUUCUGUUUGUCUUUCAUCAUUGAACGUUGCUGAGCUUGACUUUGACUUCAUGGCAUUUUGUAAUUGUAAUUAAUUUUGCAAGAAAAGUACUGAAAACCAAGAGAAAUGGCUCUGAUGUGUUUAAAAGGAGUCCUUUUGCUGCUCAUUUGCAUUCAAAUUUCCGCCGGCAAUGAGGUCUUGGACAAAGGAAAACUGGUUUUUAGCCAUAUUAUUUAUCGACAUGGCGAUCGAACCCCUAUCGAGCCAUAUCCAAACGACCCGUAUCGCGAUGCAUCCGAAUGGCCUACUGGAUGGGGGCAAUUAACAAAUUUGGGCAAGCAGCAACAUUACGAGUUGGGGAAAUGGUUGCGGCAACGUUAUAACUCCUUGCUGAACGAGACUUAUUCGAAAAAUGAGAUUUAUGUGCGUUCCACGGAUGUAGAUCGAACACUAAUGAGUGCUCAAGCCAAUUUAGCGGGUCUUUAUCCGCCCAAAGGAAAGGAUAUCUGGAACGAUGAAGUCGCAUGGCAACCAAUUCCCGUUCAUACAGUCCAAGAAAAGCACGAUAAGGUUCUCGCUGCGAAGAAAUCUUGUCCCGCUUACGAUUAUGGAUUAAGAAAAUUGCGAGAUUCCGACGAAUAUCGUAAAAUUAAUGAAAAAAACAAGGCGCUGUAUGAUUAUGUGACGGAAAAAAGCGGGCGUCGCAUCGUCAAUAUGGAAGGCAUCCAAUUUAUGUACAGCGUGCUAAAUAUCGAACAAAUUUACAACAAAACCUUACCUGAAUGGACCAAAGCUGUCUUCCCGGAUAAGAUGAAACCCAUUUCCGGACGAUCUUUUGCCACGUAUACUUACACAAGACCCUUGGCGAGACUCAAAUCCGGUCCGCUGCUCAAAGAAAUGCUCGAACGUUUCACGAACAAGACCCACAAACGACUUUCGCCCGAUCGGAAAGUUUGGAUGUACAGCGCCCAUGACACGACAGUCGGAAAUAUCCUCAACACGUUGAAAGUUUUCGAGUAUCACAGUCCCCCCUAUCGAGCAUGUGUCAUGUUGGAACUUCGCGAGUACCAGAAUGAAGCAUUUGUCUCGGUUUUUUAUAAAAAUACUUCAGCCGAACCCCAACUCAUGGAUCUCCCGGGAUGCGGUGUCGCUUGUCCCUUGGAAAAAAUGUACAAACUUUAUGCGGAUGUUCUGCCGGAAAAUUGGGAAGCCGAGUGUAAUAAUGUUCCCGUUGAAGGCACGCAAUUUUUGGUUGAUUCGUUGCAUUUUGAUCCGGCAAUGGCAGGCGGAUUGCAAACGACGUUGAUUGUGAUUGUAUCGGCUGUGGUAAUUAUGUGUGUGGUUUUACUCAUUUUGGGUGCCAUGAUACUGUAUCGUCGUCGCGGAUAUCAUGACGAGGAUAAGUGGUAUUAUCGCAUCGAUGGAUGACAAGCGGAAAGGGAUUUGUUGAAUGUUUAAAAUGAGAUCUCAGAAAUUCAGGACAUUUUAUUAUUGUUAAGGUAGAUGCGAUGAGGAAAAGUGUUUCAAGUUAGAAUUUUUUUUUUUUUUUGCAAAUUUUUAAUUUUUUUUUAAUUAAAUAAAUAUUUUUGAUGAUAAAAAAUUUAAAUUUAUUUUUUUUAAUUAAAAAUUUAAUUAAAUUAAAUUAUUUUUUU